AUCACAACUUCCACUGCUAAAUCACUUUCUACCCUAAAUCACUUUUUUUAUUUUGGGAAAACAUCCUUUUAUAUCAAAGCUUUUUCUUUAUGCCAGCAGAUGGCCAAAAAUUAUUCUCUAUUCCUUUCACUACUUUCUCUGUAGUUGAAAUCAAUCUUCCUUUCCUAUCUCUCUUUCAGUUGUCACUCUCACGCGUAAAAAAAGCACGAUUCCACGACCGUCCUUCUACAUUUUCCCCUUCCUUUCUUCCUUCCCCCAUUUAUCUCUCUCUCCUCCACAAAAUCCAUUCUUUCUUCCCUUGUUGCCGUCUGAUGAUGAACCCAAACCUUCCUGCGGGUCUUCUUCCUUUCCUUCUCUCUUAGCCGGAUCUUUCACUCUCUCAGCUUCCAAAAUUACUCUGUUUCACAGCUUGAAGAUCAACACUCUGUCUUCCCUGCCUCAGAUCUUCCCCCCUGCUUAUCCAUUCCCUGAAAGUUACCAAAUUCCUCGCGAAACCCACAAUUCCUCUUUGCUUUUUGCCGGAGAAAUUUUACUGGGGGUACAAAGAAAUGCAAGAUCCGUCGUCGGUGGACUUCCCGGCGAUCAGGCCGCCGGCACCGUUCCCGGAGCAAGAGCUGCUGAAGUGCCCGCGCUGCGACUCUGCCAACACCAAAUUCUGUUACUACAACAACUACAACCUCUCCCAGCCCCGGUACUUCUGCAAGGAUUGCCGCCGAUACUGGACCAAAGGCGGCGCUCUGCGAAAUAUCCCCGUCGGCGGCGGCACCCGGAAGAGCAGCAGCUCCGGCAAACGAUCUUCCAAUCCGAAGCGUGCCAACCCGGAUCCGACACCGGAUUCUCCACGGGUCACCCGCCGGGUUUCCGAGGCACCUCCCUCGCCGCCGCCCUCUUCCUCGACACCUGCCGCCGUCGCCGAUACUUUCUCUGCUUCUACUCAGCAAUAUCGGCUGCCGACGACGGAAUCAGAACUGGGUCAGAACCCGACCCGGGUGUACGGGCUGGAAGCGGAUCAGGAGCGGAAGUUCGCGGGUGUUGGGGUUGGUGGCGGGAGCUUCAGCUCGCUUUUGACCCCCAAUUCUCAAUUCGGGGGAAUCUUCGACGGGUUGAGCACGAGCGGGUCGGAUCUGAAAUCGGGGCAAGUGGGUGGUUUGUUUGGCGAGGAUUUGAGUUCGGGUUUGAGUAUGGGUUCGGGUCGGGAAAUGGGUUUGGAUGUGGAGUUGCAAGAGAGGGGCGGGGGCGGGGGCGCCGGUGGUGGUAGUGGCGGCGGCGACGAUGGCGGCGGAGGAGGGUAUUUGCAAGGUGGAGAGUGGGGGAAUAGCAAUAAUGGAUGGCCGGAUCUUGCUAUCUACACGCCAGGCUCUAAUUUCCAUUAGAUAGCAAAACCAAAGAGGAUUAACAAAAGUCGUUUUGUUCCCUAAAUUAAUUAAGGUUUAUUAUUAUUUGUUGGAUGCUUUUGUCCUCCUCUCACUUUGAGUUUUUAUUUUUUAUAUAUGGAUUUAUUUUAUAUGAGCACAUUAGGUAUAUGAUGUAUUUUGUGGGAUUAUAGAUUUAAAUCCCCUAGCCUUAUGUAAUGCUAUGCAAAUGCAAUGAAAAGUGAUUAUAGAAGGUUCCAAAGCUUCAACCAUAUCGAGAGUCUCUCUUUCAAAAAAUUUAAUCAACACAUCUAUUAAUG